AUGGGAAUUUCACAAAGUCAGAUUGCAAUUAUAACAAGGCAACCGGUUUUGGAGGAACCGGGAUUUAUACCGCCGAGAAUACCAAGACAAGAUCCAAGAAAGACUCAUGAUCAUCACUUACCAAGGUUUUCAGGCAAUUAUGAAUCAGAAAAGUUCAAGGAUCUACCCGGAGUGGUGUUCAUAUUACCAGAUUCCUACAUUGAUCCCCAGAACAAAGAGUAUGGAGGAGACAAAUACGAGAACGGAGUAAUCACACACAGGCCACCACCAAUUCAGCAUAACAGAAGACCCCGUGAUAGGUUCAAUUCAAGAUUUGACCGUCAAGGAGGAGGAGGAGGCGGUCCUCAAAACUUCCAAAGAAACCCACAGUAUGGUCAGCAACCGCCAAUGCAAGGUGGUGGAGGUGGCUACGAUGGUCCUCAGCAGAGCUAUGAACCUCCAGGACAAGGAACUCAAGCUCCUCCACCUCCUCCACCGUUUCAGGGAGGUUACAACCAAUCCCCGACGGGAUCUCCACCGUUUCAGGGAGGUUACAAUCAAGGCCAGGGAACUCAGGCGCCUCCUCCAUACCAAGGCGGGCCCGGGAACUAUAGCCAAGGGCCACAAGGAGGUUACAACCAAGGAGGUCCUAGGAAUUACAGUCCACAGGGGAAUGGAAACUCGAGUCCUUCGAGUUUUGGCAAAAUCCAGUCAGGAGCAUUAUUGAGCCACAAUGAGAUAUUGCUGUCCUUGUUUUUGAAAUCAGGAUGUCUUGGUUUCACCUAUGCGGGAAAGACCGACAAGUCAAAAACUAGUAGAGAGAGACUUAGCUCACACUAUAUCAAAAAUAACGCGAGUAAGAAUGAAGAUGAAUUGUUAAGCACACAAGGAGAAUAUACCAAUCCGUUGGCAUUAUUUUCGCGGUGA